CACCCUCGCUUACACCUUUUCAAUUACGAAUUUCUUCCAUUAGUUUUGAAACGACCGCAGUCAAGACAGCUCCACAUGUCGCUACCAGUGGAGGUGUAAACUGUGCUGCGAUGGCUUGUGUUACUGGCACAACUCAGAGAGAGCAACAAAGAACAAUCACGCAAAGACUUCGCGCUACAAACUCUGCCAGUCACUUGACGUCUGCUGAAUUAGGAGUGGGAUCUACAGAUCGACCAAUUGCAACUGAAAAUGUUUUUCCAAUUGUCUCUUCCACGGCUUUCUUUCUGCCAGCAUCUUCAUCUACAAAGACAACUUGGACUGCCUCUCACACAAGUCUAACCAAACCAACAAUGCAGCCUCCAACAACUGAGCAGACUGUCUCUAUUACCACAGUAUCAGUGGCAACGGUACCUGCUACAACAGUACUUGCUCCUCGAGCUAUAAUGAUGUCAUCAACUAGUAGUGUUACUGCAACCUCUGCACCGGCUUCUACUUCGUCACAAAUACCAACGUCUGCUAUUGCUUCUGGAAUAACAGAGAAGGUCGCUACAUCUCCACAAGGUGACACUGCUGGAGAGGCAACAUGUUCUACUAGGCCAUGUCUAGUUGGCAAAACCAAACAGCAGCAGCAGCAGCAAGGAACUACCAGCCAUGCAGCUGCUGUUUCCAGGUCCACUCUUUCCUUUGCGUUUGCUGGGUCAACAUUUGUAACGGUCAUAGAGUCGACAAAUGCAGCUGGAGUAGGAUUUACAGAAUGGCCGAUAUCAACCGAACCUUCUCUUCCGUCAGAUCCUAAUGAAUGGAGUUCUCAAAAUGUUUUUGACUUUGUUAUGCGUCUGGAUGGUGGAAAGUACUCACAAUAUGCCCCUGAUCUGUCUCAUUAUGAUGGCCGUGAUCUUCUUGAGUUGACUCAAGAUCAGUUCAAAGACAUUGUUCCUGGUGAUGCGGGCACUGCCAUUCAUGAUGCCUUGAGAGCAAGAGAAAAUGAGGCUAAAUCUCAUGUGAUUGAGAGUGGAAGUGGCUUCAGUCUGGGUGUUGUUGUUGGAGUCGCAAUUGGAGGUGUUCUUUUAUUUGUAAUUGGAAUCAUUGUUACUUACAAGUUGGCCGUGGCCAGAAGAGGAAGUAAGUCAAAGAGAUUUGGAGGUGCAAUACCAAGUGAUUCAAUGACACAACAUAAUGGCGUUCGCAAUCUUCUCUACAGCAGUAUACAGAAAACAGACGAACAACUGCAAUUACAAUUGUAUGGUUACAGUACUCCUCAGCAGUCCGGAAAUUGUAUUCCAAGCGAGAAUGUCUGCAUACCAUCUCCCCCAGUCAUUUACGAGUCACUAGAUGACAUUCAAUAUGAAGUACCCAGGCUCGAUGACCCACAGUAUGAAGUUCCUAUCAGCUCACCAGAAGUUGAGCAUGCGUACAGUACGUUUGAAGGAGAACACCAAUAUCAUACACCCAUUGAGCACAACCUCAAUUAAUUAAACGACUGUUUCGUAAGGAGCAACGAGAUUAAAAGUUUAGUGUCAGAGCUGAAUGUAGAUUUAUCAGGCUUGCAGUCUUUAGUGUACGCGCGCUCAAAUAAAAUUAAUGGGUAAAGCUCAAUUGGUGAAGGGACUAUUUUAUAAACAAAGAGGAGAUGCUUGCUGUAGUCUGAUGCUACAGAUAGCAGGU